GCAUUGCAUUGUUGGCUGUUUCUCUACCAGCUACCAUCAUUCUCGCGUCAUGAAAUCGAGUUAUGAUUAUGAGCCUCCUUGAUGGCCCCUCACCAUCAUUGAAACCUCAAAUCCACCGCCUCCUCCUCCUCCUCCUCCUCCUCCUCCUCCAUGCAUCGCCAAAUCUCCCUCCAUUCCAUCCGAAUCGCUUUGAAUCCUCCCACCUUCGCUCGAAUCGCCCCUCCUCUCCGCUUAUCUUCCGCCCGAACCGUACGAAACUUCUCCCACACGAGACCGUUCGGCAUGAGAAUCGCUAUCACCGGUGCUCGCGGCACGGUCGGACGUGAGGUCGUCAAGGCGGCUUCGAAAGCCGGCCAUUCCACCGUCCAGGUCAAUCGCACCGAUACGGAAUACGAUGGCACUCCCAACUCGGAGAUGAAGACGGCGGAUGCGGCCAACGACUACCAGGCCACGCUCAAGGCCUUCCAGGGCUGCGACGCCGUCAUUCAUCUGGCCGCGAUUCCCGACCCCGUCGACAAGGGCGACGAUCUCGUGCACAACAAUAAUGUCAAUUCUGCCUUCAAUGGGUUUCGUGCCGCCGCCGAACUGGGCAUCAAGCGCGUGUGUUACGCCUCCUCGGUCAAUGCCAUCGGCCUGGAAUAUGCCAACCGACCCCUGACGUUCGACUACUUCCCCGUCGAUGAAGAGGCCGAAUCCCGCCCGACGGACGCUUACGCGCUGGCCAAGGACGAAGCCGAGCUGCAGGCCCGUGCUUUUGCUCGGUGGUUCCCUGGGAUGAACAUUGCCUGCAUGCGGAUACAUGCUGUGUCGUCACGGGCUGAGGCACAGCAGGCACACAAGGAUAAUUGGGAUACUGCAGCCGUGAAGAGCCUGUGGGGUUGGGUCAGUCCGCAGGCGACCGCGAGAGCAUGCCUGUUGGCUGUGGAGAAGAGUGACAACCUGAAGGGAUGUGAGGUCUUCAACAUCGUCGCCCCGACGACUACGCAGGAUACUCCGUCCAAGGACCUGGCCCAGAAGUACUACCCCGACGCAGAGAUCCGGGGCGAGCUAUCAGGAAACCAGUCCUUCUUCGCCACAGACAAGGCGAAGAAGAUCUUGGGAUGGAUACAUGACGAGAAGGAGUGACUCGAUGAGGUUGAUUCGAUUCAUUCUCGCCUGUAGAUCUUUGUACGUAAUUCUCAUUCACUAGUGACUUUAAUGAAGACGGGACUGCAACUUUUGACCGGCAC